AUGGUGAAGCCAUCAGUAAAACUCCAUAUCCUACCAUGUAGAAGUACAGACUCCCUUGAAAUAAACAAAGGGAACCCUCUUUAUAUAGGAAUAAAGAACCAUCAUCUCUGUCUGUGCUGUGUGGAGAGUGACAGACAUGCCAUAUUAAAUCUGGAGGAGAAGGACAUAAUAGAAUUGUACCAGUCAGAGAAGACACAGAAACCUUUUGUCUUUUACCAAAAGAAGACUGGAAGCACCUCUACCCUUGAGUCAGCUGCCUGUCCUGGCUGGUUCAUCUGUACCUCGAAUAAGAUGGGAGAACCUGUGAAGAUGACCAAGGACCUGGGUCAACAAAAUAAUACAGCAUUCUAUUUAGAGAGAUUUAUGGACUAG